GUUGACACACAAAUGUCAAAACACAAGUAUGAAUGUUUUUUUAAAUUAAACAAUGUGGUCUGUAUUUUUUUCAGGGAGUAACAUGAUUAGAUCUUCAUCGAAAAAAAAUCUUGCCAAGUAGUAAUAUCGCGGGUCAGAGGCUGGGAAGGGAUGAAGAAGGAUGCCAGCCCCUAUCAGACUGAGGGAGCUGAUCCGGACUAUCCGGACAGCCCGGACCCAAGCAGAGGAACGAGAGAUGAUCCAGAAGGAAUGUGCUUCAAUUAGGUCGUCAUUUAGAGAAGAGGAUAAUUCAUACCGCUGUAGAAAUGUUGCUAAACUGCUGUACAUGCAUAUGCUGGGAUAUCCUGCACACUUUGGCCAGCUGGAGUGCCUGAAGCUAAUUGCUUCUCAGAAGUUCACGGACAAACGGAUUGGUUACCUAGGAGCUAUGCUAUUGCUUGAUGAACGGCAAGAUGUCCACUUGCUCAUGACUAAUUGUAUUAAGAAUGACUUGAACCACAGUACUCAGUAUGUGCAGGGGUUGGCACUCUGCACACUUGGCUGCAUGGGAUCAGCAGAGAUGUGCAGAGAUCUUGCGGGUGAAGUGGAAAAACUCCUAAAAACAUCCAAUUCUUAUCUAAGAAAGAAGGCAGCAUUAUGUGCAGUCCAUGUAAUCAGGAAAGUGCCUGACCUCAUGGAAAUGUUCUUGCCGGCUACUAAAAACCUGCUGAAUGAAAAAAACCACGGUGUUCUUCACACGUCUGUUGUCCUUCUCACAGAAAUGUGUGAACGAAGUCCUGACAUGUUAGCACACUUCAGGAAAAAUGAAAAGCUUGUGCCUCAGCUUGUUCGAAUUCUAAAGAAUCUUAUCAUGUCUGGUUAUUCACCAGAGCAUGAUGUUUCCGGCAUCAGUGAUCCUUUCCUUCAGGUUCGAAUACUGCGGCUACUGCGAAUCCUGGGUAGACACGACGAUGACUCGAGUGAGGCUAUGAAUGACAUUCUUGCACAGGUUGCAACAAACACAGAAACUAGCAAAAAUGUGGGCAAUGCAAUUCUAUAUGAAACUGUUCUGACUAUUAUGGACAUCAAAUCAGAAAGUGGUUUAAGGGUUUUAGCCAUUAAUAUCUUGGGACGCUUCCUGCUAAAUAACGACAAAAAUAUUAGGUAUGUGGCAUUGACGUCAUUGCUCAAAACUGUCCAAACGGAUCAUAAUGCAGUGCAAAGACACAGAAGUACAAUAGUGGAUUGUUUGAAGGACUUGGAUGUAUCUAUUAAAAGACGUGCAAUGGAACUGAGUUUUGCUCUGGUGAAUGGAAAUAACGUAAGAGGAAUGAUGAAAGAAUUGCUUUACUUCCUUGACUUGUGUGAUCCUGAAUUUAAAUCAGACUGUGCCUCUGGUAUCUUCCUUGCAGCAGAAAAGUAUGCACCGUCCAAGAGAUGGCAUAUAGACACCAUAAUGAGAGUAUUAACAACGGCUGGUAGUUAUGUUCGAGAUGAUGCAGUACCCAACCUGAUCCAGUUGAUCACAAACAGUGUUGAAAUGCACGGUUACACAGUGCAGAAGCUUUUCAAAGCCAUCCUGGAAGAUAUUUCUCAGCAACCUUUUGUGCAGGUGUCCGCUUGGUGUAUUGGGGAGUAUGGAGACCUUUUAGUUUCUGGUCAAUGUGAAGAAGAGGAACCGAUUCAGGUGACCGAAGAUGAAGUUAUGGAUGUGUUAGAACACUUACUGCAGUCUAGCUUGUCUGUUUCAGUAACCAGAGGUUAUGCUCUUACUGCAAUCAUGAAAUUAAGCACAAGGUUUUCUAUCACUAUUAAUCGAAUCAAGAAGAUAGUGUCCAUAUAUGGAAGCAGCAUAGAUGUUGAACUUCAGCAGAGGGCUAUUGAAUACAAUGCACUUUUCAAAAAAUAUGAUCACAUGAGGUCUGCACUGCUGGAACGUAUGCCUAUCAUGGAAAAGACCACUAUCAAUGGACCUACACAAGUCGCACAGACAAAUGGUGAAGCUGAGCCCAUAAUAUUGGAGACAAAACUAGCGCCUAGUGUCCUUCCACCUUCCAACCAGGCUAAUGACUUGUUGGACUUGCUUGGAGGUAGUGAUGUAGCACCAGUGAUUCCAACAACACCACCCAAUAAACCAAGCUCAGCUGGUGGAGAGCUUCUGGAUCUGCUCGGAGGUUUAGAUCUGUCAGGAGGUACACCACCAAUAAAUGCCCAGGCUUCACAACCGUCAUUCCUGUUAGAUGGUUUAACAUCACAACCACUCUUCAAUGACCUAGGUUCAGGCAUUCCUCCCAUGACCGCAUACAGUAAAGGUGGCUUGAAAAUAGAAUUUACUUUUGAACGGUCUAAUACAAAUCCUAAUCUAACCAUUGUUACAAUAAAUGCCACAAAUUCUACGGAAGGAGAUAUGACAGAUUUUGUAUUUCAAGCUGCAGUACCAAAGACAUUUCAGCUGCAACUUCUUUCUCCAAGCGGUAACCUCAUUUCAGCACGAAACACGGGCGUUGUCACACAGGUCAUUAAAGUGCUCAAUCCACAGAAGCAACCGCUUCGCAUGAGGAUCAAGAUCACAUAUAACCAGAAUGGAUCACCAGUGCAAGAUUUAGCAGAAGUAAAUAACUUCCCCCCUCCAUCAUGGCAGUGAUUCUCUGGCUGAUGACCUCUUCAUUUUCCCACCAAUGGAUGUUGGCGAAUUUCUAGGAAGUUCGUGUCCCUAGAGUGCCCUCUUGCACGACAUCACCUGAAGUGUAACUGCUUUCAAGGUGGGAUGCAAAUCAAAUGAACAAACUUGAAGAUUCAGAUGCCUACAAAUGCUAAUGAUCACUUUUGAAAACAUAUCCAUUUGUCUCUAUCAGCAUCGUGUCCAUCACUGGAGUGUCUGCUCAUGGCAUGCACUAAAACACACUAUUUCUCUCUAUUGAUUUUGUUGUGGAAAUAGAAAUAAAUACACAAUGAGACCUGAUCCAGUUUAUGCUUCACAGGAGCCAGUCUUUGCACUGCAGAUUUGCAAGACGUUCACAGCACACCAAGAAACCAUUGUUUUUUCUUCUACCAACUAUUUGGGUUUAUGGAUCUGAGAGCGCUUUGUUCUUGGUGGUAGACAGUUCUUCACUUAAAAUUUUCAUUAUGUAUCACAGAAUUACUUGUAAUAAAAUAUCCUUCAAUCUUUAAAGGCAUUUUACCCAGUCAAGCUAUUGCCUAUAAAUUAUAGAAAUUACUUUUGAAUGGUGGAUCACAGUAACCAUUUUUGGUUUUGAAAUCUCUGAUAUGGAAGGAAUGGUAAUGCUUGCCCAGUCUGAAGAACAGUGCCUGUGGGUUCAUUUUGCUGUAUAUCUAAUGAGCGCUAAAUGUCUGGCGGUAUGAAUUAGGAUCAGGCAAAGAAUCUUGCAUGUGUAAAGGAUAUUCCCUGAUACAGAUUUCUGCCUUGAUGUUCAAAAUAUAAAAUGGGUAGGUUUUGGUCACAAAAUCUUUUUGGGGGAGCCCACAGAAACUGAAGCUGGUAAUUUGAUUAAAUUGCAUUGGUUUAAUUAGCACAUGUUCACUUUUCUAGAUUGGAAAGGGUUGUAUGAACGCUUUCUAGAUUGGGAAGGGUUAUAAGAACUGUUCUUUUCUGUAUUCAAGAUUGGCAAACCUUCUGAAACAAGUAAGUUAGCUUUGAAACACUUGAGCCUACUUAAAGUCUAAUAUGUUAACGGUCAAUUGAUGGGAUCUAUUUUCUGGCAACUUUCUUUGUAUAUUAUAUGCAUUUGUACAGUUAUAAAAUUAUGCAGUGGUGAUUUUUGCAGUUGCUUUAAGUUUGGCUGAAGAUCAUUUUUGAGCUGGACAAUUAGUAUUCUAUCAGAGCAACUAACUAAUUGUUAGUUUCCAGCAAAUAUUAAAACUCCUUGAAUCUUUCAAAUCUCCUUUUUUUAAAUGGUAAUUUGUUCAGUUUCAUGAACUUAAAAUUGUAGUACUGUUCUUGGUGUACUGUUGGUAAAUCAAUGCAAUAAUUCUAAAUGUCUUAAUAAUUGGGAUUAAAUAACUACAGAAAUUUUGAACAAUUUGUUAAGAGAUUUUAAAAUGGUUCUAUAAAUGGAUGAAGGAAAAGGGAUACUGCAAUUUAAAUAUAUUUACCCUCACUAAAACUUGAGUAGUAAUGCAAAAUGGUUAAUAAACAGUCAACAAUGACCUGCCUUUUGGUGUGAAGUUUAAAGUGGCUUAUAACAUUAGAAUGUUAUUUUUUUAAACUAUUACAGUGCGCUUUGAUGAUGGGGAAGGCCUAGGCACUUGCCCUUUAAGAAUAUCAACUGUUAGGGAUGGGAGACGAACAUUAUAGGAAAAUAUUACAACAAGAAAAUAGUUACAACACAGUGAACAUUUUUAAGUCUGCAAUCUAAUUGAGCAAUUGAUUGUGUAAUCAUUUGAUUUUUAAAGCAAAAAAAUACUUUCAAUGCCUGCUUCUGUAAAGUGGAGUAUUGAUUCAGUAAAAUGUGUGGAGUGGAAAUUAAGGUUUAUUUGUGACAAGUAAAACUACAAGUGGUUUUCGUCUCUUGAAGGGGAGGUCAGAUGCACCCUUGUCAGUUAUGUUCUGAAUUUCUCUAGUGUGCAUGGGUUGUGGUGUGUUGCAAGAUCUAAGAAACAAAUCUUAAAACAAGCCAGUUACAGGUGAAUGUAGUAACAAGCAAGGACGUAAUAGAAGAGAGGAUUUCCAGUUUUAUUCAUUGUAGUGAAAGUACAUUUCAGGAUUCUAAAAUGCUUUUAGUGCAUAAAAUCACUCAUAUUGGUUUAAUGUGGGUUUUGGACUUUGGAGUCAGCCAACAAACUUACAAUUGAUUUGCUGAGGAAAAGUGACUGUUUAGACUGUCCAUUCUCAAGAAUAACAGAAAUUUAUGAGAUUGAAUUUAAAAAAAAAAGCUUUCUUAAAAACUACUGAAAAUUGUGUUCAUUUGCUGUACAUUUUCCUGUAGAAUGCAAAGCUUUUGAUUUAUGAAUCCAUUGGGCUGGCAAGAGAGUUAUUGAUGGAUUGCUCCAUUCACCUUAACUGUCUUUUGUUUGAACUGGUGAUGGUGAACUACGUGAGUCAACGUUAAUAGUGUACUGGUUAACUGUGCCUGUUCAAUUUUGUACAUUUAAAAUAUUC